CAUGAGGCUGUGGCGGCGCAAGCAGCCAAUACUGUCACUGACAAUCUAACCACAUUGAAAGUGUCUAAAAGUCCCUGUGACUUCACCAUUCUACUUCCUGUGUUUACAGUACCAGAGGAUGCCUCGCCUCUUCUGCACCUGUCAGAUCUUCCAAAACUGACACUGUUGCUGUGGAAACAGUGAUGAAGUGAUAGAAAAGGGAGGCGAGGAGGAUUCCCCAACAGACAGAGCCCUGCCAGGAGCCUGGAAGGAGGACACCUAGACUACUUAGAGACACUGACAGAACUGAGGCAGGAAGCCACACUGAGCUAAGGACCAGCAGUAUGGACCAGCAGCAUGGAAAAGUGGAGCGCUUCCUCAAGCUGGGCUACUCCCACAGUGACAUUGUGCGCGUGCUGGAGAGCCUGCACCAUGACGCCCAGACCAACGACAUACUGGAGGAGCUCAUCAAGACCUGCCAUACCACCACUACCACCAACCCAUCCACAUCAGCCAGCCGCUCAGCCUACUCCAGGAUACAGCUGAUACCCAGAGGCUGCAGCUCUCCCCAGCCCAGCCAGCCCCUGCGGCCCAGCUCAGCUCCAGACAGGGAUCCCACUGGGGGAUUCAGAACGGUGGUCAUUGAUGGGAGCAAUGUGGCCAUGAGGUGAGUGUACUGAUCCUUCAUUUAGGACUAUAGGAAUUGUAGCAUUAGAUGGAUAAAGACAGAGUACUGGAUGAAAUGCUGGCACUAAUGAAGGUAAUGCAGGUACUAAUGAAAAAAACACAACAGCACAUAGGGAUUUAUCUGGUCACGGAUAGUACCUGUAUUGUCACGGUACAUUGCCCCCAUUGUCUACUGUAAACACAACAGGUGGCUCAACUCAUAGAGAGCAUAUGAAGUAGUACAUCAAUUUUCCUAUCAUUUUUACUUUAUGCGGCUACCUGACUUGUCCCAUUCUUGGCAGAUGCUACCCACUGAGGUAUAAAGAACGGUGUUACCAUUGCGUGCCAGUAACUGAAUGCUAUAUCCACUCCAGUUUCACUUCACAGACCAAAUCAUCUCACGCUUCCUCAUUAAUAGAGAGGGAAGUGAGAGUGGGCGAUGCUUUAUCUCUGUGGUGAAUUUCAGAAGAAUCUGUGGUGGCUGGCAGGUGACCAGAGGUGUAUGAGGGGAUGACCCUUGCCUUCAACAUGAAUAACUCAUAUUCAGAUGCAAUUGCAAUUGGCAAUCGAUCAAUAGCAACCGAUAUGCUAUAACAAUAGUGAAAAAGAACAAGCUAAAAAAUACUCUGAAAUAAUCAACAGGUGAUGGAGGGGGGGAUGAAACUAUAGCAGAAACUUCUCAUAAAUCUGAUAAUUGUUUCCGACACAGAUCACGUGUCUCGAAUUAGAGCUGCUUUUUGGGGGGACUGUUGCUGAAAUUUGAAGGUUUCUACUUCUCAGGCACAGUCACUCCUCUCAUACUCAACUCUUUGCCAGAAAACUCAGUGACUGUGCAGUUUGCUUACAAAGCAACCUUUUGAUUACUCAAGUCCUGAAUUUCCUUGUCCCUAAAGGUCUCUGUCUGACUGGAAAAAUUGUUUUAACCCAAAACACUGCCUCAACUUUCUAAGUAAAGGACAUCUUUCUACUAAUCAUUGUGUAUUUUCUAUAACUUCAUUGUUGUGCUAUUGUCGUUGGUGAGUUUGGUGCCCCAUUGGUUUUAAAAGGCAAUGAGGUAAUUUGUUUGGUGCAAAGCUGCUUACCACUUCCUGAUAGUUGAGUGCUCUAUUUACUGCUGCCUGUAGGCAAAUUAUCCACACCCAGUGAGCUGCUGUCAGUCAGGCCCUGUGAGGCCUCCGCACAACAGAUCUUAGACCUAUCUAAUGUUCUGAUGGAGACAUCACGCCACUACUAUACCGGAUGCUGCAGCUCACAUCGGUCAUACAAGGUUAAAUAAGUGUAACAUAUCUUCUCCAAGCUUUUCUAUCAGUAAACAAGAGAUCCGAAGAGUAGUGUUGUUGAAGCAGCACACAGAGAUUCUGAGACUUCCUGUUAUUCCAGUUUAUAGUCAUUUGGGGAGAGGUUUUCCCUUAAGACUGGUUUCUGGGGUUAAAGGACGCACAACAGUCUCUUUGCUGUGGUUCUGCAAAUAAGUUCACAUGAAUUGGAGUAGUUGAGGCACACGGCUAACAGGCUUUCUGAAAAGGGAAAAGAGAUGUGACAGCUGUUUAGAAGUGAAAAAAGGAAGCUAAUUUUCACAUUGUGGCCCCUGUCUUUGCAGCCAUGGCAACAAGCAAGUGUUUUCAUGCCGGGGGCUGCUGUUGGCAGUCAGGUGGUUUCUGGAGAGGGGUCUUCGUGACAUCACCGUGUUCGUGCCCCUGUGGAGGAAGGAGCAACCCAGUCCCGAGGCACCCAUGACAGGUAGGACACACACCUGUUAUACUGUCUGGCUAGAGCUAGAUGGCACUGUGGAGCUACAGGUCACCAACACACUGAGAUCCUACAAUCCCUUACAAAAAAGAUUGCAGUUUUGAAACUGCAGUAAAAGUGCGGUUACUGCAGUCGACUGUGGUAUUUUGCAGAAUAACUGCAGUUGAACUGCAGUUAUACUGCACUGUAGCUGCAGCUACACUGCAAAAUUACUGCAGUACAAAAAAAAGUGUUAUUUUGGAUGCUGUAUUUGCAGCAUAUUGCUGUCAUACUGCACUCUGACUGCAAUCUGUUUUCGUAAGAGACAUAUUAAUGGUCCAGGUUUCAUUCUUCUUUAUGGUCUUUUAUAACUGAGAAUUGUUGUUUACACCAUGUCUUCGUACCAAAUGGCACCCUUUUCCCUUUGUUGUUCACUACUUUUGACCAGGGCCCAUAGCGCUUUGGUCAAAAGGCUCUGGUCAAAAGUAGUGCACUAUAUAGGGAAAAAGGUGUCAUUUGGGACACCGACCAUGUCUUGUUAAUGGUUGACAUAUGAUUCAUCAACUCUGUAGAACCCUAACCUCUCGUCAUGUGGCCCUGCAGAUCAGCACAUCCUCCAUGAGCUGGAGAAGAGGACGAUCCUGGUGUACACCCCGUCACGCUGCGUCAACGGGAAGAGAGUGGUGUGCUAUGACGACCGCUACAUCAUCAAACUGGCCUACGAGUCCGAUGGCAUCGUUGUGUCCAAUGACAACUACAGAGACCUGCAGAUAGAGAAGCCAGAGUGGAAGAAGUUCAUAGAGGAAAGGCUGUUGAUGUACAGCUUUGCAAAUGACAAGUAAGUCUCAACACUGAAUCUCUCAGCAAAGAUCUAUGAGGGUACCUGAUGCAGGGCCUAUAAGGAGGAUAUAAAUCGUUUUAAUUGGGGUUGGGGACAGGGAUACAGUAUGAGAGAUGGUACUGUAUAUCACCAGUUCCACCACCUACAAAAUCACCCCUGCUUGUAAACAUAUAAUACAUCUGUAAUAAAGGCAUGACUUCAAGAGUUUUGAGCAUCAUGCUUACAUCAUAUUUAUAUUACUUUAUAUUCAAGGUUCAUGCCUCCAGAUGAUCCUCUGGGAAGGAAUGGCCCAACGAUUGACAACUUUCUGAGGAAAAAGCAGUGGACCCCAGAAAACAAGCAGCAGCAUUGCCCAUAUGGUUGGUAGAUAUUUUACAAUACACACUUUUAUUUUCAGUUUCCUUCCUCAUUUAUCUGGUGGUUUUGACUGUAACACAUCCAAUGUGAGCCAGCUGAGCAGGAUUUGAUUUGCAGUUUGUGAUUAGCAGUUGGGUCAGUUGGGAUUUCAUUUGGUUGCCUGUCAGUUGGCUGUUGGCAAUGAGAGAGCAGCUCCACUCCAAGGCCACAGCACACACCCAGCACCACUCACAAACAAAAGGCCUUUUUAUCAACACCCAGGAUAAUUGCUUUAGAGCAAACGGCAGGCCUGGGAUUAUUCCUGUCAGAGGAGUACAAAGGGCCCUCAUAGCACUCCACCGUUUACCUAGGGGAACAAAAAUAGGCUGGAGACUAGACCUUAUUUUUGUUUGCCUUGCUAAGUGUGUUUAGAGUACUGAAGAAGGGGGGAGAGGGCUUUACAGUGCACUCAGACACACAUCCUUGUUGACAGUCUUUUUAAAGAGAUACAUGGUACAUCUGCGAGCCAUGUUUUGAAAGCCCAUAAAUAUUCCUUAUUUGUUUCUUUCCAGGAAAGAAGUGUACUUACGGAGUGAAGUGCAAGUUCUACCACCCAGAGCGCUCCAACCAAUCACAACUGUCUGUGGCAGACGAGCUGAGAGCCAAGAGAAAACCUACUGCUCAAACAGACAGGGAGCAGUCAUUUCUCCCCUCAGGCCCCAGUCCUGCUCUGAUCCAGGGAGUCAGCCAGGAGGCCCACCCUUACACAUCCCCUUAUGAGCCGGAUCUAACUACUACUCAUCUAUACAGAUAUCUAUCCACACCGCCUCCCCUUAUAAAAGAGGACCAUUCCCAUAGGGCUUCGCCUAGCGAUCAGUUCACCAGCCAGAGAGAAACAGGCAGCCCAGCUCUACACCACAAGUCCAGCCUCCGCCUCUGCCCCAGCCCAGACACUGACGAGGCCUUCAGCUCCCUGGAAGCCUCCCUGUCCAGACUCUAUAACCAGGACCAGACCAACAACACCAAGGGGCUGGUGGUGUCCUACACCUACAGCAGUGGGGUGGCCAGCUGCAGCCAGGGCAGUGGAGACUUCUACCCUUCCAGCACUUCCAGCAGCCACAGCCACGCCAGCAACCAACAGAGGCUCAGCCACAAUGCCCCCCAAAAACUGCCACUGUGUGGCUGUGACGACUCACAAAGCUGUGAGUGUAGCCAGUGCAUGUACAGCCACCAGCAUCUCCAGCCACAGCUAGGAGAGUGCUCCUAUGCUGUUCACAGUAACCAUAUCCAUUUCACAGAGCAGCAGUAUUUCCAGAGUCCUCCUCCACAAAGGCAGAGUCACAGCCUCCCAGAACACAGCCUGGGACAGGGCCUCUCUGGUGAGAGAGUGGGGAUGACCAGGUCCAAUGGAGGUAAAGCUCCAGAUAGUGAGCAGAGGAAGAGUGUGAAGAACCAGCUCAGCACCCUCUUCCCCCCCAGCAUAGUAGACUAUGUGAUGAGUCUGUACCCAUACACCCUCAACAUGUCAGAGCUAGUGCCUCUGAUUCAGAGGUUCAGAAUCAGCCACAUUCCCUUCUAA